GAAGUUUAUGCAAGGCAAGUUUAGAGUUGGUGGUGGAGUAGCAACUACAGGGAAAACUUACUGACUAGGUGAUUAUUACUGCAGAUAAGUUAAAAAAAACAACAACAAAAACAGGGCUUUAAUAUUGGACACUGGUCCCCUACACCCAUGAGCACCACAUAGUCUCAGUGACAGAAAUCAUCCAAAUCCUCUGAGUGCUUUGCUGCAAUAACAGAGAAGUGAAUAUUAUGAUAGUUAGACACCCUGCUGGGCAAAAGGAGAACAUGGAAGAGAUCUGUCUGGUUCAGCAUUGGAAGGGUUAGCCACAUCCAGCAUGAGCACAGAGCAGUUUUCUCCUCAGCCCAAAGCACCGCUGCCUGCACACCCAGCUCUGGAGGUGUGUAAACUGCAGCUUCCAGAAUCCUCUAGCACCUGCAGCAGCAAUGGUGGCAUAGAUUACACUGCAGAUCCUGCUGUAGGGAGACUGGGCCAUGCAAAACUACAGCUCCCAGGAUUCUUUGGUUACCAAUUGCAAAGAUGUAAUAUGGUAAUUAAUAGGGUUUAUAUUAUUUCAAAGUACUCUACAGCUAUCAACUGAACAGUGGUGACCAGAGAAAGGCCCCCAGGCAAACCCCAUUAUCCUGGGACCCCUGGGAAACCCAUAGCUACCCACAUUGAGCCCCAGUGAAAUGCAGCCACCUCUGGGGUGGAGAGCACCAGAUAAACUACAUAUCCCAGAAUCCUCCAGUGCCCACACCUGCAGUGGCGUCUUCAGCUUGCGAGAGACGGAGAGGGAGAGAUGAGGAUGGAAGGAGGGGAGGAAACGCAGGCUCCAGAGAGGGUGUCUUUGAGCUGGGAGAGCCACCCGCCGCAGCCCGCAAACAGCACCCGGGCUAAGUGGGUCCGGCUGAACGUCGGGGGCACGGUUUUCCUCACCACCAGGCAGACCUUGUGCCGGGAGCAGAAAUCGUUCCUCUGCCGCUUGUGCCAGGGGGAGGAGCUGCAGUCAGACCGGGAUGAGACUGGUGCAUACCUUAUAGACCGGGACCCCACAUAUUUUGGACCCAUCCUGAAUUUCCUCCGUCAUGGCAAGCUGGUACUGAAUAAAGACAUGGCUGAGGAGGGGGUUCUAGAAGAAGCUGAAUUCUAUAACAUCGGCCCUUUAAUCCGAAUAAUCAAGGACAGACUGGAGGAGAAGAACUACACUGUAACACAGGUGCCUCCGAAGCAUGUGUACCGGGUGCUGCAGUGCCAGGAAGAAGAGCUCACUCAGAUGGUUUCCACUAUGUCAGAUGGAUGGCGCUUUGAGCAGCUGGUGAAUAUCGGGUCAUCCUAUAACUAUGGGAAUGAGGACCAGACAGAGUUCCUGUGCGUAGUCUCCAAAGAGCUGUACAACUCACCCAAUGGCCUGAGCUCUGAGCCUAGCCGCAAAGCCAAGCAAAUUAAUCUACUCAGGAUUCUGCCAAUUCUUUCUCCUGUCCAGAUUCCCUCUCCUGCUCCCUUCCCGCCCGUGGGGUUCUUGUCACCUCUCUCCUACUUCCUCCCUUCCACACAGUUCUUUCCCCAAGAAUCCCUCCCUCCACUCCCCUCUUCCCUCACUCUCUCUCCUCAUGCACCUAGGUUCCUGCCUCCCCUCCCACCUUCCACUCCUGGGGUCCUGUGUGCUCCCUGCUCAGGAUCCUGUCUCCUCCUGCUCCUCACUCUUCCUCCUCUGCAGGUAUGGUACCUGUCUGCACUCUCAGACAUGACUCUCAUCUCCUCCCCUCUUAUGGACCUGGUCCUGGUUUGUAGGUCUCUGGUGGAGGCAGGGAGUGGUUGAUUCUUUCCUUACUCUGUGCUUUUCUAAUUCUCUUUGUGUGUGUCUGACUUUUUAAGGAGGCCUUACAGUUCUGGACUAGAGGAUCUGGUAGCAGAUGGAAGAGCAAAGCUAUGAGACACUGAGAGGGAUGGGAACCAGGGCAAGGAAGAUAGAGGGGGAGGUGGGGAGAGUGUUGUAUUUCUGCCUGGCAUAUGUGCACACAGGACUUUUCACCAGCAGCUUCUGUUUAAUCCUCCUCUUGAUAGCUGAAAGAGUAUUUUGCAUGAGGAUUUCCAUAUAUUUCCCUGCUUUUAAAAGCAGCCUUUGCCAUCUGGGUGUUUCCCAUCAUAUUCUGACAGGGUAAGCGUUCUGGGGGUGAAAAUAGAAACUAGACAGCUCUCUGUGAAGUGCACCCCAAUUUUUGGCAGAGAGAGAGAGAGAGAACUUUGGCUCACUGCCCUAGCUGUGGUGGAGGUGGUGAAGGGGGUGAGGAGGCCUGGAGGAAGGAGCCUCGCUUCUCUCUUUUUAGGGUGCUUACAGGAUUUGUGCUAAAUUGGAGGUUCCUGAACCCCUCUUCCCACACCCCUAAGAUUAGGGGGAGUCAUUGGUUCUCUGGUAUUUGCCACGCUCUCUCCAUCCCUCUGUUUAGGGGUCUCUCUGCCCUCAGCUGUGGGGCCUAAGUAUUAUACUGAGUCAGUAUCUUUUACUGACAUGGAUUUUCCUUCCUCUGUCUUUCUCUCCCUCCCUCCUUUUUCAUGUCUUUCUUUUCUGUUCUCUCAUUACUUUGCUUUU